UAUAAAGGAUGCUGGUUUUGAAAACAAAGUCAGUCAGCAAAUAACUGAUGAAGAGACAGCUGCUUCUGAAAACAGAUGUGAACUUGCAGACCACGAGGACACUUGUUCAAAAAAGAAAAAAAGUAAAAAGAGAAAAUAUGAGUUAGACAAUCCAGUUGAAAACACUGAUGAAGUUGAGCAUCAUAGAAAGGAAAAACACAAGAAAAAACGGAAGCACUUUGAUGAUACUGAAGCUGAAUCCAAUCUAGGAAAAGAGAUGGAUGAAUCUGAAGCUGUAAUGGAUGAAGCAGUUGAGCAACAGAUUAAGAAAAAGAAGAAGAAAAAGAAUAAACAGAAACACAAGGAUAGUGAUUCUAAUGACCUUGAUGAUACUACUAAAGGCAAGCAGGGAAGUGUUCAUUGUGAAAGAGUGAAAACUGUCAAUGGAAUAGAUCAAGAAGUAGAUAAAUUAGAAAGUAAGCAAAAGACCAGUAGAGAAACUGAAAUUGACAAAAGCUUUAUAAAAUCAACUGAGAAUGAAUCAUUUAAGAGUGGACAGUGGUCUAGUGUUGAAUUAGGGGAUUCAGAUAGGCAAAACAAAUUUUUCCGACUGUUGGGAGGUUUCAAGAAAGGCGGCGAUACGUCUCAAAUUCAAAAUAAAUUUAGUCUCGGUAAAAAACCGGCUUUUGGUUCUUCAAAUAAUACACCAAGAAGGACUGGUGGAAACUUUGCCAUGGAUAAAAAGCAGGAAGAUGUGUACACCAAAGCUUUGGAGAGUGAAUACGAUCGGGCCAUGUCUAUGAACCUUAAUAGAGGUAUUGGUCUAGGCUUCGAAAAACCUCCAGAGGAAGGAAAGAAAUUUUACAUUGACACAAAAUCAUCCAAAUCUAUCAAGUUUGAUGAUUAAGUGAAGUGGUUGCAGGGACGUUGUUUAUAAUGAAAUACAAUAUCCAUUAUUCACACAUAUUUAGGCAUUAAGAAAAUACGGAAAAGAAGAUAAUAAACUAUUUAACAAAUAUUAAGAAUUUAUUUCAGUAUCUUUUAUUAUAAUUACAUUAUCUAAAUAGACUAUAUAGAGAAAUAAUUAAAUUGAAAAGCAGAUCUAAGAUUUAACAAUAGAAAAUUAGACUUUCUGUACAAAAAGAUCAAGAACUAUGCAACAAACUGCGGUACCUUAAAUUAGGAGAAAUUGCUGUUUUGUUGUUAAGUUCUUGAAAUAUAAACAAAUGUAAGCACAAUAACAUGUUGUGAUCUGAAUGUCAUAAUAUAUAGAUGAUAUUGAAUGUAGAUUCAAUUCAAUUCAUUGAACAAGUUGAAUAAAAUUGUAUUAUGCGGGCCUCUGGCAAGUGUAAUAGUAUUUUGUUCAACAAGUUCAAUACAUUUAGUAAUGAAGCUACACAAAUAUAAUAUUCUAUAUAAGAACUUUUUUCAGUGAAAAUGAACCUCUUUUUCAUUGAAGUGUUGAUAGUUUAAUGAUGACAUUUAACACAUCUUUACACUAUACUUGUAUAAAGCAAAUGACUGUCCUGUCAAAAUAUAUACAUGGCUGUGCAAUACUGUUUUUACAAAGUUAUAGAAGUGGCAGGGUUAUAA